AUGUUUGGUGUUCGUUUGAUUGAGUUGGACUUUCAAUACAGCCAUCCUAAAAGGGACAUCUCACUGUUUGUGAAGUUUCCAGAGUUUUUAGAAAAAGCUAAUGCUGCUUUUAUUGGCGUGAAAGUAUUUCAAGAUUUGAAGAUCCUCUUCAACAACACAACAAAAGAAGACACGAAAACAUUUAUUGCUUUGUCCCUACUUUGUGGGAAACUUGUCCCGACUGUCGGCAGAUCUGAUAAUAGAAGGAAACAUAAAGACGAAAAGCGAUCGUCAAAGGAUUCACCUGAACAAAAAAAAUAUAACAAACCGACCAUAUUAGAAUCACGUGACAGGUUGACAUUGCAUGUGAAGACUCAGAGUGACAUUCAGAAUUGCCUUGCAACACGUCGGGAUAUCCACCUUAAGAAAGGACUCACAUGCCAACCAGUGGUAAUUUGCAUCGAGCCAGACGUCGAAAAUAUUACGGAGUUCUACGUCUAUUUUGAUGACGUCACUUACCAGCUGGAGUCUCUUUUAAAAGCUGUUGACAUUUGCUUCAAAACCUUUCAUGUAUUUGAUAUAAAAUAUCCCCGCGAGAGUAUUCAGCCGUGGAUGUUCAUACAAUGGUACUUUUAUGAAAUUCACACGCCACAAGAUCAUACAUUUCCGAGUGUUGCCACUUUAAUUGCAGAUUUAAUGUAAGUUACUAUCAAUGUUUCUUUAGUGAAAAUGACGUUUAAUUGCUUUAUCUGUAAUUUCGAGUUAAAAUCCCUGAAAGGUUUGUUUUUACAUUUCGACUUGAAACAUAAUAAUUUAUCUGAAUAUAGUUGUGCACAGUCUACAUGCAACAGACGCUUUCAAAAUAUAAAAAGCUAUAAAAGACAUCUACUCAGUCACAAUAUCUGUAAGC